AUGGCGCAAGACUCGGCUGCAUCACGCUCGCUACCCGAGCGCAUCUCGUUCCCCGAUGAGGAGGUGAAGAUCUUGGCGCUCUGGGAACAGCUGGACGCUUUCCACAAGUCUCUGGAGCUGUCCAAAGACCGUAAGCCUUUCACUUUCUACGACGGUCCGCCUUUCGCCACGGGUCUGCCACACCACGGCCACAUUCUAGCCGGCACCAUCAAGGACACGGUCACGCGCUACGCCCACCAGACAGGCCACUACGUUGAACGUCGCUUUGGUUGGGAUUGCCACGGCCUCCCCGUCGAGAAUGAGAUCAACAAGAAGUUGGGCGUCACCACCAAGGAGCAGGUGCUUGAAAUGGGCAUCGACAAGUACAACGCCGAGUGUCGCAGCAUUGUGCAGCGCUACACGAGCGAAUGGGAGCGUGUCGUCAAGCGUAUUGGUCGCUGGAUCGACUGCGAGAACGACUACAAGACGAUGGAGCCGUGGUACAUGGAGUCGGUCUGGAACGUCUUCCGAACCAUCUUCGACAAGGACCUGGUGUACCGUGGGUACAAGAUUCUACCGUACUCUACCGCCUGUACUACGUCGCUCUCCAACUUCGAGGCCAACUUGGACUACCGUGACACCCCCGAUCCUUCGGUAGUCGUCAACUUUCCUCUCGUCGACGAGCCGGACGUCGCGUUUCUGGCCUGGACUACCACCCCAUGGACUCUACCGUCCAACUUGGCGCUGUGUGUCAACGAAUCAUUCGACUAUGUCAAGAUCAAGGACGUGAAGAGCGAGAAAAUGUACAUUCUGGGCGAAGCGCGGCUGUGCCAAGUGUACCCAAAGAUGAGCAAGAAGGGCUACAAGGGAGGAGAGUUCGAGGUCCUUGAGAAGUUCAAGGGAGCGACGCUAGUAGGCAAGAAGUACGAGCCUCUGUUCGACUGCUUCAAGGACUGGCCCAACGCCUUCCGUGUGCUCUCGGAUAACUACGUGUCCGACUCUGGUGGUACCGGUAUUGUCCACCAAGCUCCUACGUUCGGUGAGGACGAUUACCGCGUCUGUGUGCGUGAAGGUGUGGCCGACAAGUUCACGCUCCCGGACCCUCUGGACGACAACGGCGUGUUUACGGACGAGGUGCCGCUAGUUAAGGGACUGCACGUGAAGAAGGCGGACGACGUUAUCUGUCAGGAGCUCAAGACUCGCGGUCGUCUCGUCUCCAAGGGCACAGAGGUGCAUAGCUACCCGUUCUGCUACCGCUCGGGCACGCCGCUGAUCUACCGCGCAAUCCCUGGCUGGUUCGUCAACGUGGAGCGUAUCCGCGACCGCAUUGUAGCCAACAACAAGCUCACGUACUGGGUGCCGAGCUUCGUGCAGGAGAAACGCUUCCACAACUGGCUGGUGGACGGUAAAGACUGGAACAUUUCACGUGGUCGCUUCUGGGGAACACCACUGCCGUUGUGGGUGAGUGACGACUAUGAAGAGGUGGUGUGUGUGGGCUCCAUCGCAGAGCUGGAGGCGCUGACGGGCGAGAAGGUGACGGAUCUGCAUCGCGAGUUCAUCGACCACUUGACAAUCCCGUCCAAGCAAGGCAAGGGCGUGCUGCGUCGUGUCCCCGAGGUGUUUGACUGCUGGUUCGAGAGCGGCUCCAUGCCGUACGCUCAGCAGCACUAUCCGUUCGAGAACAAGAGCAAGUUUGAGGCCAAUUUCCCGGCGGAUUUCGUGGCGGAAGGUCUGGAUCAGACCCGUGGAUGGUUCUACACUCUGAUGGUGCUGUCCACGGCGCUGUUCGACACGCCAGCGUUCAAGAACCUCAUUGUGAAUGGCCUCGUGCUGGCUGAAGACGGUCGCAAGAUGAGUAAGAGCCUCAAGAACUUCACCGACCCAGAGGAGAUCCUGCAAAAGUAUGGCGCUGAUGCCCUGCGUCUGUACCUCAUCAACUCGCCGGUGGUGCGUGCUGAGCCUCUGAAGUUCCAGGCGCCCGGCGUGCUUGGAGUCAUCCGCGAGAUCUUCUUGCCGUGGUUCAACUCGGCUCGUUUCUUCGCGCAACAGGCCACGCGCUUGCAACUGGAGACUGGAGCGGCCUUUGUUCCCGACCGUCUUGCCGCCUUGGCCUCCACGAACGUCAUGGACUCGUGGAUCAUCGCUGCGCUGCAGAACCUCAUCAAGUUUGUGCACGAGGAGAUGAAGGCCUAUCGUCUGUACACUGUGGUGCCGCGUCUCGUUAGCUUCAUCGGCCAGUUGACCAACUGGUACGUGCGUCUCAACCGUCCUCGCCUCAAGGGCAGUGCUGGCAGUGCGGAGGCUGCAGUGGCGCUCUCGGCGCUGUACGAAGUAGAGUACAACCUGGCCAAACUCAUGGCUCCCUUCACGCCCUUCUUCACCGAGUACAUGUACCAAUUCCUGCGUCAGUUCCACCCGAACGUAGUGAACGGCGACGGCAAAGACCUGGCUGAAGACGCGGACGGUGUGUCCCCCAGCGUCCACUUCCUCAUGCUGCCGGACUUUGACGCCAGUCGCGUGGACGAGCAAGUGGAAGUGCUCAUGAAGAACCUGCAGUCGGUGGUCGAGAUGGGGCGCGUCGUACGUGAGCGUCGCACCAUCUCGCUGAAGAACCCCGUGAAGAAGGUCAUUGUGGUGUCCAGCGACCAGAAGACGCUGGACGGUCUGCGUCGGCUGGAGACGUACCUACACGACGAGCUGAACAUGCGCGACCUCGAGUUCUCGACGGACGAGAAGGAGUGGUGCGUGCUCAAGGCCGAGGCGAACAGUCGAGCGCUGGGACGUCGUCUGGGCAAGGCGCUGUCGGCCGUGAAGAAGCAGAUCGCGCAGAUGACGCACGACGACGUGGCUGCGUUUGUUGCGAGUGGCCGUGUGACGGUUGACGGCCACGAACUGACCGGCGACGACCUGUUGGUCAAGCGGGAGUUCAAGGGCGACGCGAAGAUCUUUGAGGCGGAUGUGUCGCCCCAAGGAAACCUCAUGGUCAUCAUUGACACGCGUGAGGACGAGGAGCUGAAGAUGCAGGGAUGUGCACGUGAAGUCAUCACGCGAGUGCAGAAGCUGCGGAAGAAGGCGGGACUGGUGGUGCAGGACAAGAUCCACGUGUACUUUGAGGAGAAGGGAGGCGACAAGGGCCCCAUCUCUACGGCCGUCCAGACGUUCCUGUCGAUGAUCUCGUCCACGUUGGGCACGUCGCCUGCCCCGCUGUCUCUGCAGCCUCCGCACAGUGUGCCGAUUGUGGCGGAGGACGCGCAGUUCGCCGACUCGAGUGUGAAGCUCGUGGUGGCUCGUCCUGCCGUGCUGUUUGCGUCUCAUGACGUGCUGAAGAAGCACGAGGCGACUGUGCCGGUGGAGCAGCUGACGGCGUACGUUGCGUCGAUGAAGUACGCGGAUGUGAAGGCUGCGCUCGAGUCUGCGGACGCUGCGGUCACUGUGCGCACGGCAAGUGCGCAGGUGGCGCUCAAGGCCGACGUGGAGGUUUUCUUGGACGCGAAGGCAUUCGCCAAGGCAUCUGGCAAGACAGAGCUGGCGUGGCUCGCCAAGGAGGCGUAA